AGCCCCACCAUCUGCCUGAAAUUCACGUGAGCAACGACGGUCGAUAAUGAUCGAAAGUGGAGAGAUUUGAUGUCAGAAAUACCUGGCAUCAUGUCAGGGAUUAGAUUUUCAACAUCCUGCAUGAGGAUUUAUAUACAUGGGAUGAACAUAAUAACUUGAUUAAAUCUUUGUUGCCUGAAACGUGCAUCAGAUGCGAAAGAGUAGCAGCAAAAGUGCAGUAUCAUUAUAGCAAGAGAUCCCUCGAACAAGGGAUCCUUUCAAGAGAUGCACCUUGCAUUUGCACGACAUGAACAUCAUCAUCUGACAUGUUUGGCAAAACAUUCGACAUGUCCAAUUCUCUCACACCGUAGCCAUUACGGCCAGCGAACGACGGAGCGCUCCCACCCGGCAGUUCUCCUCGGUCCCGGUGCCCGCCGAUGGCACCGGGGCGCCGGGAGGGAGGGCACAGCGCAUGGGUGAAGAAAGCCCCCGCGGGCGGUGAGAAAUCGAAGGAAGAGGAUGAAAGUCAAAACGUCAAGGGCAGAGAAGGUAAAGGAAAGGGCCGCUCGAAAGGGGAAGGAAGACGACGGGAACAAGAAGAUGGACAUAGCCCAGAAGGGAAGGGCAAAGGCAGAAAAGGCAAGCAUAAGAAGGAUGAAGGAAGAGAGAGCAAUUCUGGGGACGAGGAUCCCGAGGAUGCAAGCAAUCUGCUGCUCAAAAUGUUACAGGGCAAGGCUCAAAAGAGGUAUAGCUAUACCAAGGCCGAGUUGCUGCAGAUCUCCCGGCUCCCUGCGUCCAACAUGAAGCCGGCCAACUUGGAUCCCAUCGUCGACAAAGACAACAAGGAUUCAGCGCUGCUGAUCCGCAUCGCCACCAACCGAGAAAAGGAGGACCACGAGGCCAACGGUGAAGACCGGCCACGGCGCAACUCCAAGGUCAAGGGUGAUGAGGCCCCGGCUGAGGCGGACCGGACGGAGAAAGAAGAGGAGGAAGAUGAAGAGGAGAAGGCGAAGGCCUUUGAGAAGUGGUUGGGCCGCAACAUGCCCAAGUUGGAGGCGGCUAAAGCUGACCUCAGCGCCAAAGCCGCGGCCGCCGCCAGCGGCACCUCCACCGGGUCCGCGCUCAGCGGCGCGGCGCCCAAGUGGCCGCCGAGCGCCGCAGCCAUGCAGGCGGCCAUGGCGGCAGCGGGGAAGAGCGGCGAUGGGCGGGGAUACAUGUCCCUGCUGCAGCAGCAGGCACAGCAGGCGGCUGGCGCGGCUGGCGCGGCUGGCGCGGCUGGCGGCAGUUCGGGUGGGAGUGGUAGCCUUUCGCAGGUACAUGCAAUGCAGGCAGCUGCCUACAUGCAGGCCAUGACACAAAUGCAGAUCGCCGCAGCGGCCAGCAGACAGGGUUAUGGCAGUCAGAGUUGGAACUACAGCAACCCCUACCUGAACCCGUACAUGGCGGGCGCUUAUGGCAACACCUAUGGCUUGGAUCCCUUCACCUUACAACAGCAGGCCGCGGCCACGGCCAACCUCUCCGAGGCCAUGCAGGCGAAGCUGGGGGCCUUGAACCAACAGGCUCGCAGCAUGGCCACGGCCGUGAAGGCGGCCGCCCAGGCGAAGCUCAGCGCCAAGGCCCAAGCAAAGGCCAAGGUCACUGCCAAGGUGCCUUCUCCCAAGACCGCGCCGCCGCCCAAGCCGGGGCCAGGCACCCCCGGCACCGCCGCGGCACCCAAGGCCGCCGUCUCGCCGCUGGCGGCGCCCCUGGCGGCGCCGGCCGGCGCGCCGGCGGUGGCGGGGCUUCUGCCGAAGAGCCCGGCGGUCGCACCCAGCAGUCCAUUGAUGGAGGCCGCCCCGGUGGCCGCCGUCAGCGGCGGUGCGAAGGCAGAAAGUAAAGGUGCCCCAGGGGCCAAUGGAGAUGAGGAGGAUGAGGCCGGGUGCUCUCAAAGCUGAGAAUUCAGCUUCUGAAAUUCACCGAUACGUUCAUGGAUUUCGGCAAGUGACUCUUCCGUAGUGCCGCCCGGGAUUUUUCACAUCGAAUAUUGUGCAGCAAAUCAAUACUUCAGACGCAGUCUGAUUGCAUGAAAGGGUGAGCCAGAUUGACUUUUGCCAACGUUCAGCAGAGAUGUCACAUGAA